UUUACUGCAUGUAUGUAUUGUUCAGUAUGUACUUAGCGAGACUUUAAUCAUGUCUGUAGAUGAUAAAUUUGUGAUAUAUGGACCAGACUAUGGUGGUCCUUUACCGAAAAAUACUUUGGGACAAGAAAUUCUUGAGAGUCUACUAUCGACAAAUGGUAAUGAUAUCGCUAUGGAAGAUGCGUUUACUGGAAGGAAAUUGUCUUACAAAACCUUAUUGCAAGAAGUGUGCAACUUAGCGGAAGCUCUUCGUAAUUACGGGUGCUUACCUGGCACUGUAAUAUCAGUAAGCAGUGAAAAUAACCUAGAGUUUUUCAUUCCCGUUUUAGCAUCGCUUCUUAUAGGCUGUAUAGUUGCCCCUAUCAAUCACAGUUAUACUGAGACAGAACUGAACCAUACCUUAAACAUCAGUAAGCCGAAAGUAGUAUUCUGUUCAUCAGAAGUUGUGGAUAAAUUUGUUAAACUGAAACUCGAGUUGGGAUUUAUAGAUAAAAUAAUUAUUAUCGACUCAAAUUUAACAGUGUCUGGAAAUCCCCAAACUGAAACUUUGAAAGAAUAUGUAUUUAAUAGUCUUAAGGGCAGAACGGUUCUGCCGUACAACUUUCGACCGUUUGUUGAUGAUACAGAGAAUCUUGGUGCAUUUAUAUUAUGUUCCUCUGGUACUACAGGGUUGCCAAAGGGAGUGUUGUUAUCACAUCUCAAUAUAAUGGUUAGGAUAGCACAUUCUAGGAUAUCUGAUUAUUACUUUAUGAAGAAAGCAGACCUGGGACUUAUGCCAUUUUUCCACGGUUUUGGAUUAAAUGUUACUUUAGGGGCACUAUUAAAUAAAGAUAAAGUUAUAGUUAUGAAAAGAUUUGAUGAAGACAUAUUUUUAAAAUCUAUACAAGACUAUAAAAUAGGCACUUUGUCCCUUGCUCCGCCUCUAGCAGUUUUCUUGGAGAAGAGUCCGAAAGUUUUAAAAUACGAUUUAUCCUGCAUUGAGGAUAUUAUAUGUGGAGCAGCGCCGCUUAGCAAGCACACGGAGAAUGCAAUAAGAAAAAGACUGAUCAAUCUAAAGACGCUUAGACAAGGCUAUGGUUUAUCCGAAGCCACAUUGACUAUCACAAUGAUAGAAAAGGGAAAACAAAGAGAAGGUUCGUCUGGAAAAGUCAUGAAUCAUAUGGCAAUGAAAAUACAAGAUCCAGUGUCGGGGAAAUCCUUAGGUCCUAAUCAGGUCGGAGAGAUAUGUAUUAAAGGUCCUUUGGUGAUGAUAGGAUACUACAACAACGAAAAAGCUACAACAGAGACGUUCACCUCUGAUGGUUGGCUUAAAACAGGCGAUCUGGCAUAUUAUGAUGACGAGAAAUACUUUUAUAUAGUGGAUAGACUUAAAGAACUUAUUAAAUAUAAAGGAUAUCAGGUGGCUCCAGCCGAAUUAGAAGCCAUAUUACUGAAACACCCAAAAGUUCGAGAUGUAGGUGUAGUUGGUCUUCCAGAUGAACUAUCAGGGGAACUGCCUUUGGCAUUUGUAGUUUUGCAUGAUGGAGUUAGUGCGACUGAAAAAGAAUUGCAGUUGUAUGUUGCCAGUCUAUUGUCGCCUCAAAAGCAUCUAAGAGGAGGAGUAAUUUUCAUUUCAGAGAUACCAAAAAAUCCAAGCGGAAAAAUAUUAAGAAGAAUUUUGAGAGAAAAAGCAAAACAUUGUAAACCUCGAUUAGAAACAAAACUUUAGUUUCUAGAAUUAUUAUAACAAGUGUUUUUAAAAUAUGGUGUCAACCUGAAACAAGGAGAUAGGUAUUUUAAAAUAAUAGGUCCGAAAGUGCUUAGUAAACAUAUUACAGAAUAAUAAACGCGUACUACCAAAAACACAUUUUUUUAAAUAAAACCUUUAAAUAAAACCAAGGCGAUUGUUCAGAUAAUAAUAAAAUUUGGCUAGGGCGAAUAACAAAAAAAAUACACCCAUGAGAUUAUUUCAAUGGAUAUUCUAAAACUCUAUACCAAAUCCAAUCUUCCAUUUUGGAGUUAUUUAAUAAGAAACAUGUUUUUGGCAGAGUUCAUUUAUGAUCCUGUAACUUUUUUAGUAAAUAUUUUCGGAUCCAUCUUCAUACAAAACAUUUUGCUUAACAUUUCCCUUCUUUUGACUCCUGCUUCAAUUUCCCACAAUAUUUUAGGAACACCGUAUAUAUUAUUAAUUGGUUAUAUAUUUAAUUACAUUGUUUAAAUAUAUUAUUUAAAUAUAAUAAAUUACAUGAUUAA